GGAAGGCAGAAAUACAGGCAGAAGGGAGCUAGAAAGAGGCUGAACAGCACCACACAGAAGGAAAAGGCGAGGGGCAAGACCCACAACACAGCCGAGGACACCGCGUCCUGCACUACCACGCCAUGUCCUUGGUGGAGACUAUCCGGCUGUGGCAAGAAGGAGUGUGUGCAGUGGAUAGGAAGGAGUGGAGAACAGCCCUGGAUGCCUUCACAGCCGUACAGAACCCCCCUGCCAAAAUCUGCUUUAACAUCGGCUGCAUCCAUCUUGUUCUGGGACAGCUGGCCGAGGCGGAGGAGGCAUUCACCCAGAGCAUCAGCUGCGACAAACACCUGGCAGUGGCUUAUUUCCAGCGGGGGACAGUGUUUUACCAGAGGCAGAACCAUGAAAAAGCCAUUGAGGAUUUCAAAGAGGCACUGGCCCAGCUGCGAGGCAACCAGCUCAUUGACUACAAGAUCCUGGGGCUGCGGUACAGGCUCUUUGCUUGCGAGAUACUUUACAACAUUGCACUGGUGUAUGCCAUGAUGGAGGACUGGAAGAAAGCUGAGGAGCACCUAACACAGGCCAUGAGCAUGAAGAGUGAGCUCCAGCAUAACAGGAUCGACAGGGCAAUGGAAGCCAUCCUGAAGCAGAAGAUCUGUGAGCUGGUGGCCAUGCCUGCAGGGAAGCUGUUUAGACCAAACGAAAAGCAAGUGGCCCAGCUGGAGAAGAAGGACUACCUGGGAAAGGCUAUGGUGGUGGCAUCUGUGGUGGACAAAGAUGAUUUUUCAGGAUUUGCUCCACUUCAACCACAGGCCUCUGGUCCUCCACCCAGGUCCAAGACUCCAGAAAUCCUCAGGGCCCUCGAAGGGCAGCCACACCGCGUUCUGUAUGAGUUCAUCCCUGAGACCACUGAGGAGCUGCAGGUCCUGCCAGGAAACAUUGUCUUUGUCCUGAAGAAAGAGAAGGACAACUGGGCAACAGUGAUGUUCAACGGAAAGAAAGGGAUUGUUCCCUGCAACUACCUCGAGCCUGUGGAGCUCCAGAACAAGCUGCAUAUCCAGGAAGAAAUUCCUCUUGAGGCAGAGAUUCCAGAGUCACCCAGCUCCACUGCUCCAGAGAAACCACGGCGGCCAGCACCAGAUAGCGCUCCUGUUACUGUGACACAGCCAAGAGGUGCAGCAAAGGAGACGAAAUCGGACAUCUCCAGCUCCUGCAUUCUCAAAGUGCAUUACAAAUACACAGUUGCCCUGCAAGUUGAGACAAGCCUCUCCUACAUGGAGCUACUGGACCUGGUUUGCAAGAAACUGGAGCUCCAGCCUGAGCACACACAGCUGAGGUACAAGCCUGUGGAAAGCCAAGCACUGGUGAAUCUCAGCAGAGAGAAUCUAGAGGCAAUUUGGAGCCAGAGCAAGGGCAACUGUGUGACAGUCUGGUGCGACAUCACGGAGGGAGAGGGGGUUUUACCAGACAGCCAACCAGAGGAGCUGCCACAGGAGGCAACACCGGAGGAGACAGGACCAACCCAAGUUGUAGCACAGUACAAUUAUGAAGCCACCCAACCUGAAGACCUGGAGUUUCAGGCAGGAGAUGUGAUACUUGUUCUAUCCAAAGGUAAUUGUGCUCUUUCUGCAACAGGUGAGGGAGCUUCCAGCUCAGGUGAGAGCAUGGGUCUGAGCCCGAGAUACCAAGCACUUGCAGCAGCUUCUGCUCAGUCCAGUGGAAGUUGUGAGUUUCUAACAUACGCUACUCAGGCCAAAAACUCUCAAGUAUUUGGUCAGACACUGGAUGCACAUUCUUCAGUGGAGCUUAUGAGCUUCACCAGGGACUUUGAUCUCUUCCCCCAAAUCCCCCUGUCCUCUGAAGCAAACUGUUUCAUGCUGGAAACCUGCAGAGCAGCAGCCUAUAGCUCAGGUAGCCUUCACUGACAGCAAACUUCUGCAAGCUGCAGUUUACCACCUUUAGAUGGAAAACAGGCUGCUCAGAUUUCUGCUGCAGAGCACUCUGCUAGUUUCUUUUCUAAUGUCUUCUAAAGUGUUUCAGUUCAACACAAGCUUUCUCAGAGAUUACAUGAGGUGGCAGGUGGAAGCCAGGGGUAAGGACAACCUAAGGACACAUACAAGAGUUACCUUCCUUCACAUUACUAAGAGCUGUGUCAUCGAGCUUCCGGUUUCCAUUCAGGGCAAAUUUGCUCCAUCCCCAUGGACAAAAGGCAGAAAAAAAAGCAGGACCUAAAGUCUGCAAGAUUGCUUUCUACAAGUGCUUUCGUCCACAGCAGCUGCCUCAUGCUGCAACUGCAGCAGAGCUCCUCCAGCUCUACCAUGGGCUUCCCACCCAAGUGUGUUACACACACCUCUAACAACACGUUUUCAUCACACCCAUUUCUGCCACCCUCUUCCCCAAACACUUUCCAGAUGAGAGGGUUUCAAUUGAGCUGUGUUUAAGCUUACUGAUCACAGUUUGUUUUUAAAGGAGAUGCCUUAUUUUGUCUACUGCUCUCACAAUGGCAGAAUGCUCUUACUCCCAUCUCUCUUACCUGUCACCUUUUCCUGUCUGGUUUUGGUUUUAAGCAUAGUCUUCCAUUAGCCUCACUGCCCUUCAGUAUUAGUCUUUGGUGCUUUUAAUGAGAAUAAAGACUUAAAUACAGAGUAAAUAGUCUAGUAUGUUUUUGAGUUGGAUCCCUUCAAACCUGCGCAGAACACGCAGGAUGAAGGAAAAAACUGUGCUUCAGCAAAAACUGCCAGUGAACCUGUAUCAGGUGAAGAAUUACAAACAGACCCUGCCCAGGACAUCUGUUUCCCUUUUCCGCAUGAAAUCAAGGCAUCAGAAAGUUUUAAAGACAAAACCAAAAACAAACAAAAAUGUUAUUUUGCUGUAAGUAGCUGAAUCACCUAUUUGGCUGGUUGACAAGUGAUAAUAGUCCACCUCUACCACUGUACAGGUGAGGUUUUGCACCAUACAUUGAUGACUUCUCCCACUCCAAAAUUCUACUGUCCAUGCUCAACUAAAUAUUUCCCACUAGAAAGUUCAUUCUUACCUCCUUUGGUUCCCCCACAGCAAGAGCUUUCAGAGCUCCUGAGCUUUACUCAACCCAGGGUAGCAGAGGCUCUGGGGGUUUGUUCUGGGUUUUUUCUUCACAUGAACAUAGAACAGCAGGUGAAAAUGCAGUUUAGUUGGCACCUUGAAGACAACAGCCUGAGGUCUCAGAUCAUUUCCUUGCUCUCCAUACUCACUUUGUUUCCACUGUUUUCUGUUCCAGGCAGUUUCUAAGCCCCUCAGUCUCUAUCUUGUUUUACUUUUCCUACCUGCAAUCUUUCAUACCUUGUAGGCUUGCUCUCUACCUCAUUCCUCCCCAGCCCCUUUCACCCACAUUCCUCUCUACACCAGGCUUUAGCAGAAAACCUUAAAAAGGUGAUCUAGGACCUCUCUAUAGCACAGGGAGGUUAUUGUGCUCCUAUAUAUCCAUAUGAUGACAAAAAUCAUGUCGGUUCUAUCUUCCAGUGAAUGAAGACUGGUUAGAAGGCCAGUGCAAUGGGAAAAUCGGCAUCUUCCCAUCCGCUUUUGUUCAAAAAUCUAAUACUAAAGACCUGGAGAUGUGAUUUCAAAGAGCUUGAGCUGUGGAUGUGGAAAGAAAUUCAGAAUUCAACCACUGCAAUUAAGAAGUUUCUGUAUUAAUCACUGCACCUGAAAAUGAACUUUAAGUAUUACUGCUACUUGUAUUAAAAGCUUUAUUUUUUAUUUUA